CAAAAUGGCGAUACAUUCGCCGGCGGUGCCGCCGCGCCGGGCCGUCGAGAAAUCGUUGGACAAGCCGUUGAUUGCCGUAUUCCUUCUUGGUACGCUGCUAAAGCUCCUUCUUCUUCCGUCCUACCGCAGCACGGACUUUGAAGUCCACCGGAAUUGGCUUGCGAUUACCGCGUCGCUGCCCCGAACACAAUGGUACUUCGACACAGGAAGUGAGUGGACGUUGGACUAUCCACCGUUCUUCGCCUGGUUUGAACGUCUUCUCGGCGCCGCCGCCACGUACGUUGACCCUGGGAUGCUGAAUCUUCACGCGUUGGGAUACGCAAGCCAUCGUACCAUCGUGUUCCAGCGUUUGUCGGUGAUCUUGUCGGAUGUGGUGCUGUUUGCAUCCAUCAUCAAGUACUGCAAUGCGUGGCCCCGCGUCACAACGACAGAAGUCGCAUUCAACACGAACAAGCGUGUGGUGGUGGUGCUAUUGACGUUCCUCGACGCUGGGCUGAUCAUGGUCGACCACGUACACUUCCAAUACAACGGCGUGCUCCUGGGGCUGCUCAUCCUCAGUGUUGCGUACAUCCGAGACGGCCAAGAUGUGAAAGGUGCAUUCGUGUACGCAGUGUUGCUCAUGAUGAAGCACAUCUACCUUUACGUGGCCCUGCUUUACUUUGUGUAUCUCUUCGGCCACUACUGCUACGCGGUGCCACCCCCCACCACGCCAGAAGCUGUCCAGCAUGCCCACCACCAGGUUCGAAGGCGAUCACUUUCGAACACCGACACCCACGAGACGCUGGCUCACCUCGUCGCCGGCCGCGGGCGCUUCCAAAUCACUCGGUUCCUUACCCUUGGAAUUGUCGUCUUGGGCGUGUUUGCAGCUGCACUUGGCUCUGUCAUCUGGCCUGACGGCUCGUUGCCGACCCACUCCGUCGGGGAACACUUGGCUCAAAUCGCUUCCCGUCUAUUUCCGGUUCAACGGGGCCUCUGCCAUGCUUACUGGGCCCCCAACGUGUGGGCUCUAUACGCGUUUGCUGACAAAGUUCUGGUCACAGUCUUGCGAGUUCCUGCCCCUGUCGGCACCAUGAGCGGCGGUCUCGUCCAAGACGCGGUCUUUGUCGUCCUGCCGACAGUCGCACCGUGGGUUUGCGCCGUCCUCACUCUCCUAGCCAUGGCGCCCGUUCUGCGAGACGUAUACCGGUAUCCCGACCCCGCUCUCUUCAUGCCGGCUUUGGUCUACUGCAUGCUGUGCUCGUUCUUGUUUGGGUACCACGUGCACGAGAAGGCCAUUUUGCAAGCCACGUUGCCGCUCGGCCUGCUUGCCGUCGAAUCCACUCGAGACGCAAAGUUGUAUCGCGUCGCGACACUUGUGGGCAACAUUUCACUCUUUCCGCUCCUGUUCACGACUGCCGAAGUCGGGACCCGCCUACUUCUCACGGCCGGCCACGCGUUACUCGCGCAUGUGUGCUUGUACCCGUACCAUGCGCACUCCCUCAAGCGCCGCCGCAUCAAGUACACGGGCAUUGGUCUGUCCUUGUGGCAACGACUGUAUCUCCACGCAGUUGCAGGAGUGGCCAUCGUGUCCAUGGCGCUGCCAAUUGUCCUGCCACGGUAUCCGUUUCUGCCGCUGCUCUUGACAUCCGUGAGCUGUGCCGGCGGUGUGAUCUACGUGUGGCUCUCGGCCCUUCAGUUGCACAAACGCAAACUUGGCGCACUCAAGUCGUACUUGCCUCAGCCAUCCACAGCCGCACUCAAACACAAGUCCAUGGACGAACCCAACGUCGUGCGAGCGGCCAACAGUCGAUAUGACAUCAAGUAAUACAAUAGAUUGGCGACUACAGCACUGUCGCCGUGUUGGGGCGCGUCGGG